CGCAUCAUCGAAUCAUCAUCUUCACUGCGUGACUAGCCCAAAUGCGUCCUGUUAGACGCCCGAGCCAGCAGUCAUUGACAUCGUUGUCUACCGAGGUCAUCAAUAGGAAUUUUAUCAAAUCUAGAUUGGAAAACCUUGUUGAAGUGUAGACUUGUAUGCAAAUUCCUUCGCUCGGCAAUAGAUGAAAGUGCUACCGCCCAAUAUGCCAUUGAAUUGGCUGUAGCUGGCAUGGAGGAUGGUGCACAAAGCCAACUCACCACCGCAUCGAGACUCGCGCUACUCAAAGAGCGUAACGCCUGCUGGGAUGCAUUGAAGUGGGGGGUGACACGAGACCUACCCCUGCUCCACCCUGAAGAUAUCAUAUGGGAAUUGUGUGGAGGAGUAUUCGCACAGUGUGGUCUUCCGGGCGCCCUGCGCCUGCAUCGACUCCCUUCGCAGUACCGCAACAUUCGAGCCAGUUCAUGGAGGAUACCAUUACUUAGCAACACUGAGGACUUUGCGAUGGAUCCUGCCCAAGAUCUUCUGGCACUAAUCGAGAAGCCUGUUCUGAAUUCCAACCCAUGAUAACACAAAAUCGCAUGUACGAAUUCGGAUACAUCUACGCUCCGUCGCCACCGGACAUGUGCAUCCGUCUAUCAUCGACGGAAUCCGAAUCAUCAACU